AUGGCUGCUGCUCUUCCUGGCCUCGCAUUGCAAGCUUUUGCAGAUCUAUGGGGUCAACAACCCGAACUAGCAGCCGGUCUCUAUGCCGUGGGUGCAGUUGCUGCUGCAGUGCCGCGCUACGUCCCAACGUUUGAGCAAGCCAAGUUCUGGUGUCAAAAGCCAAGGCAGUCGACUAGACCUGUCGCUGAAUCCAUGCCCAUCGCUAGCGAAGCACUUAGCACAGUCAGUACGACAUUCUCUCGAAAUCGCCCGCCACCUGUCGUUGUCAUAACGCGAUCUGCUUCUCCUCCGCUGACUUCCGAAACAAUCCUGGUGGUCGAAGACCGUGUGGAACCUGAAGUAUCGGAUUCUUCCGCGCCAAUCAAUUCCGCCUAUAUUGACUCAGACUCUCCAGCUGUACGUUCUGUCACAUCAACAGAGAGAAGCUCCUUGCAAGCCCAACUUGCAUCCAGUGCUACGGUUGAGACAUUGCCGGAUGUAGUCAACAAGGUCUUGAGAGCCGUGCCGACGGAAACACCAAACAUGUCUUCGCAUGGAAUACCCACUCACGAAAAUUUCACUCCGGACGACCCACGGCUCUCCAACGAAGCGACAAAACAGACUACUGGUAUUGCAUCCAGCAGUGUUACAUCUAUAGACUCUGGUGAACUUGGGCAGAAGCUUUCUCGGACAUUAUUCCAGGUGGCCACCAAUAAAUUGCCUGUUAUGCCCAAGUCUUACAAGACUGAGUCUCCCUCAGAUGAUGACAAGGACCGUAAACCUUCGUCAAAGACGGCCUCUAGUCGAUUACCAUUUGAGCACUUCCUGUCUGAGACUUUGGAUGAUCUCUCCAGGCUCGGAGAACAUCGCCCAGUGUUCACUACGUCAAUAGAGAGACAGUCCAGCGAACCAUUCCACGCUUCGCCAUUACUAGCGGAAUCAGAAAGCCUGUCCAGUUACAAAAGCCGACUUGCGUCUGAAGAGAGUCAUGUGGCAUAUCGUGCGGAACGAGAGCCUACUGCCUCAUCCAACCACAACGACUUUAUCAGCUGGUUAGACAUUGUGCUGAUUUUAGUGCCUUCGAUUCUCAUCGCCACAAGCAUAGGUCUUGCGGGCAAUGAUCCCUUAGACCAGGAUCUCUAUGCCACUCUAGUGGCUACAUUGUGUACAGUUGUCGUUGGGUGUCUCCCUUACCUCGAUUUCCGUUGGCCGACCUUGCGGUACUCAUUCCUUGCCAUGUACAGACACUCUCUGGAGUCCAUCUCCUCCUUCAUGGUAUAUCUUACAGGAUUUAUUCGUCAAUGGCAGGGAACUCUAUCCGGAGUUUUGAGAAAGCAACAUGCCGACCACGUCAUCGCCGACCGGGUACCAUGUGCUGUACUCAUUGGAUUGGUGUUCGCUGUCCUGUCGAUCACAAUGAGCCAUAUGAUAAAUCGACUACUCCAGCGUGCAGAACUAAGUCAACGGGAAGCAAACCGUCUUCAUCUGUACAUGGCCUUCGCUGGAACCAUUGUCGCCUUGAAUGUAGUUUGGUUUAGCGUUUACGUCCAGGAUUUCAUCUUGGUCUUCACCACGACAGGUUUUAUAUACGUGUUUCAUUCGUACUGCGGACAGAUACUGGGCUUUGCCUCUCGCUCGGUGUUCGAAAGUUGUAGGUUGGUAAAGGAGGCGAUGUGGCCAUAUGUAGCAGUUCACGCCGCUGUCACCGCUACGGCAUACCUUGCCAGCCAUCCACAGCAAGUCUUCGAGUGCUUCAAAAGUAUCAAUGGCGGCGUGUCUCUGCCCAUCGACCAUUGUGCUAUCGUGGUGAAAUACGGGACCCUCUCGAUUGCUGUGCUUCUCAUGCACAUACCAAUUGGUUCCUGUGGUCUUCGGGUUAUUCGAGCUUGGAUUCGAGAGAGGUACAACCGCAUCGUGCACGAUCGUCCUGUUGCUCCAUGGCACCCUACAGUCAGAGGAGACCGCUUCUGGUUGUCGCUUACUCUCAUCGUUCUAGGCGCCGAGAAAGUGUCUGAGGUUAUGACAGAAUGGGCUGUUCCCACUCUCAAGAUUGGUGCUAUAUUGAUCGUCACACUGACUUUGGCACGUGUAUUGAUGCCAUUGUAUCCUGUGCUUCUCGGCCACAUUUGGAACACUGUACAACCUUGCACUGCAGAACUAUCGAUGACGACCAUUUACGCAAUUAGAGAGACGAUGCUGAUGAUUUCCAAACGUGCUCCAACAUUCCAAAAAUGGUCAGUAAAACUACUGAAGCGCAUGAUAUCCGACUCCGUUUCAAACACUUCGGCGAUGGUCUCGCUGGUCCUUGGAAAACUUUCAACGGAUUUAAGAUUCUUUUACAAUGCAAAUAUUGAACCUGUCGUGGUUUAUAUUGGUCUGAGCUGCCAUAGCAACUGGUGUCAAGGUCGAAUUUGGCGGUGGGUUCCGCGCGCGAUAGCCAUUGUCUUGGCCACUGUCCUUUGCACCUUGGGAUGGGUCAUCGCCGCCAGAGCAUACCCCGAACAUAAGGUUCGUUCAUGUCUAGGCUUCGCUGUUAGCUUCAUGGCGGUUUAUAUCUUAGGCACUUUUGGAGCCCUGGGUUGCACGCAAGACUAUAUCAUCGUUCUGAUAACCAUUUUUGCCAUACUAAUAAACCUCCCGCUUGAGAUUCAAGCACAUACCAACGGAACACCUGCUAACGUAGCACUCGUCGAUGAAACACCUAUCGACGAAGUACUUGCUCCUGAUGAGCUAUUUCCCGAUGUCAUGCCGGCGGACGAAGACCCGGCUGUGGAAGAACCACCUAACCCCCCAGCCAGACUGGCGAUGAGUGUGCCUGGGUCUGUCGCUCUCCCUUUGCCUUCAGGAUGGUGGUGGUGGCCAAUGAUAGAUUGGUUCAACAUUAACAAUGCAGCGCGAGCAGCAAAAGAGAAGACCAUAGCAGAGGCCAGGGUCGUUGCAGAGCAAGAAAAUGCGAAUCUUCGAUCGCAAGUUCGAUUCACAAGGCAAGAUCAGCCCUUAAAUUCCAUUGAUAUUGAGUAUUUACAGAGGCUUAGAGACUUGACAUCUGAAACGAAUACUACUCAGUCGCCGAGCAACGGGGAUGAAACACAGACAGCCAAAAGAUCGUGGAACACCACCCAGCCUUUUCGACCUAUGUACAUGUAUACUGAGCGGGAAUAUCAAACUGCUUUGCGCGGAGAGAUGCCUACGACGGCAAUAUCAGAGGCUACCUUGGAGCCGCUUGUUGAGUCCGUUCCGACCCCUCUCGCUCAAGAUUCAGCAGUUUCUGUGGCUACCGAUCUGUCGAUUCUCGCUUCAGCACCUUCAUCUGCAACUACAUCCGUACCUGCUCCUCCCUUCACUCCUGCUACGCCUGCCGCACCUGCUCCUCAGACCACAACUAUUCUUUCGACCACGUCUUCUCCAGUCAGAGCCUAUUCAUCAUACCCAGGGACUUCUUCCAGUUCCCUGUUUGCAUCUGCUCAACCGGCAACACCUGAUGCUACGCAAGAGCGCAUUGCGAGUAUAAAUGAAGUGCCAGCAGAGGUUGAUAAUCAAGAUACAUUGCCUAUCCUCAUGACAAGCUCGUCAAGCUGCAGACCGCAAGAGGAUCGUAACCAUGAGACGAGUACCCCAAUGGCAACCACGACGACGCCUGCGGUCCUAGACAGAACACGUUCUCACGAGUUUGCCUUCGCGCCCUUGACUGGGUUGGCUGAACCUGGUAUGCCGGCCAUGGAUUCGGGUAGCGAGCAUGGACCAUCAAGUCUUCCAAACCCUACGGUCUCAGCACCUAUCAUCAAGAGUGCUGAGCCAUCUCCCGGUCCAAGCAAGUCACUGGAUGAAGACAAGCUUGCUGGCGAACUGGAGCAUCCCGGUACAGAAGAUAGGAUUGGUUUUGUGGAGAACGCUUCGGCGGACGGUCAACAGCAAGACCAACAACGCAAUGAGGGAGACAGCAACGAUGAAGAAGACUUUAGCUCAAGCGGUGGCGUGACUGGUCUCGAUGACCAAAUGUUUGAGGAAGAGCCUGUAGACGAAACUGAAGGACUAGAUGAAGAAGAUUUGGCAGCAGCUGAACAGCUGCGCGAGGAGAUGGAGAGUGGAGUUAAACGAAAUAAAGUCAUUACUUCGGUACAGGCGGCUUUCGAUGAAGCACAUCUGCUUGCCGAUAACUGCGAUGACAACGAACAGACAGGAACUAAAAAGGAACAACCGAUUGAGGGGACUCUCAUGGAUGUGGAUCUGGUUAUAGUAUCCUCAACUGCUGGAGACGGCUUUCAAGACGAGCAUGGUAAUGUGAUAGACACACCUAUGGGUGGUGUUCCGAAAAAUGGUGCUGAUAUGCUGGAGCUGAAAGUCUUGUCAGCAAAUUCUGAAGACGAUAUAACAAUGGGAGGUACAGAUAAUGAAGAGGCGUCUGAUCGGGGCGGAGGAAACGGUGAUGAACCUGAGAAAGAAGAUGGAGGAACCAGUGGAAACCGGCCUACUUCUGACGAAUCAUCUGAAGAUGGUGGAAAAAAUGAUACCAAUGAACCAUCACCUGUAGCCGAUCCGUCGAUAUCGAUGGGUGACAUGGUGGGGGGUUCUUCGAGUAGAGAGGGCUUUCACGGUGAGAUCGUUCUCGACACCCAGAUCAGCAAUGACGUUCAUACCUCCGACAAACUCGAAUCAAACAACCCGAAGGAUGAAGAUGGCGGCGAUGAUAGCAGCGAUCGUUCUGAGCCACAUGGACGUCUUCAGUCAUCGACGUUUGGUGGAACUGCUUCAGCGGCACCAUUCUCGAACGCUGGCGGAGCCAUCGCUGCCGCUGCGAAUACCACCAUGACGGACAACGACGAAGACAGUGAAAUGAUUGAUGUAGCUAUCAUAGGCGCAGCCGAAAUCGGCAAUGCUGGUUGCAACGCAUCUGCACCGGCGCAAUUCAACAAUAAUGAAUUGCCUAAAGCGAUUCAAGCCGCUCAGAGUGCAGACAGUCAACCAAAUGAGAGUCUCACGACUCCAUCUGAUGUGGAGGGAGGGCAAGAUCACAACACUGACGAUGAUGAUGACUGGGACAGCAUUUACGCUAGUGCCGAUGGCCAUCUUUCCUCUCCCAACGUGCCGAGAUCUCCGACUACGCAAGAACCUCCUAUCGAUCCAUCAGGUACAUACAGCCCAUUUUCGAAUGUAAGCUCCAGUGACUCAAGCGGAAACGUCUCUCUAUCUCAUCAGAUCGAUGACUUCGGAACCGAAGAGCUUGCACAGAUUGAGGCUACAAAGAAAGAUAAGCAGAUGCGAAUAGAUGCACAAAGAGAUCUUGGUUUGCCUUUGGAUGGAUAUGUGCAACUACCAGGCAUCAGAAACCAGAGUCACGAUGACAUUCGUAGAGCCGAUGACAAGCACGGAGAUUUGAUCGCAGGUAUCAUGGGGAUCGAUUCCAACAACCAUGACACCGACUAUCAACAGACACACGGUGUCGACCACGACUUUGAGACCUCACAAGAUAAUUCCCCAGGCGAUGCUCAGCUCCCGAUUACGGUUGACCAUGAAACCAUUACCGAUGCCGAUGGUCUCAGUUGGACGGACAUCAGGCCCAAAACGCGCCUGGUGCAGCUCUGGGAAGACAGACAGAUCGUCGACAACCCCGAUUACCCACCUCAUCGAUCCGCGGGCAUGAGGUCACUGGAGGCAACAUAUGGGCAACCAUGCCAAAUCUUUCGAGAAGUCGACAUGGCAGCAUAUGAGUCUUUCGGCGAAAAUCACGAGAACUUCCAAUAUGCCCAAGAAGGCGUCGAUUGGUUCCAUCCUGAAGCCGAAGGUGCCGAACCCCGAGAAGAAUUUGAAGGGGAAGUUGGGGAAGAGAGCAAUGUUGCUGCAAAUGAAGUAGAAGGUCGCGUGGAUGGCGAUCUCAGCGCAAGAGUCGCUGCUUCCAAAACUGAAUCCAAUGCCGCUUUCCGUUUCGACUACUCUGAUAGUGAAUCAACUUUGUCGGAUCCACCUGAAAGCACCGACCUUGAUACGACUGGAGCGACCUUGCUAAUGGAAGAGGUGAAUCGCAAGAUACCGGUACUGAAGAAUGGAGGUAGAGAGCUUAUCGACAACUCUGCGCUAGUCAGCGAAGAAGCCUACCCCAGCAAAAAGGGGAACAGCGUUAGCGCAUCCUUAUCUGACGACGACGGUGCUGAAUCCCAUCUGAUGAUCACUGACGCGACAAGGGAAGAAGCGGCGAGAUUCGGCUGCACAACUGACAGUCGGAUUCUGGACUUUAUGGAGAGCAUCGAUCGACCAGAAAAGCGAGAGGACGGUAGGAUCUUGACACCGAAGUCUCGGAAAGAUCGGAAAGGCAUAAGUACGAGGUCUUCCACGUCCCCAGCCGUCAUGUUCUCGCCUCCACAAGCUCCAGCACAGCAAUCGAUGCCGAAAAAGCGCUACAACGGCCCAGUAUCCUUCAACUUUGACGAAGGUGACGUCCAGCCUCAACUCGAACCAGCACCUCCUAUGACCAAAUACCUUCUCGAAAAGAUGGCGGACUUCAACUCGGAUCCGGUAAAGCGGGCUGCAUUACAAGAUAUGGCAAACAAGGUUGAUGAUACGUCGAAGAUUCCAUCACCGGCUCGGACGUCUCUAGUCGCUACUAGUAACAGUCCCUUCGCAUCGAACCUCCAAGGUGCAUCAAACGCGCCCCGGUUACCGAAGUCAAAUUCCGCUUCGCCAUCGUCCGAUCCCAGACCAUCGAUAUCAUCUGCUGGUUACGACAGCAUCCGCGCUUCGUCGCUCCCUUUUGAUCCGUCAAAGCCACGUCCGUACGUACCAGAAGGCUUCGAUCCAAGCGUUUUGGAUAGAUUGAACAGCACGAAUCCUUUCCGUCGAUCAUCGAGUACCAAAGCGUCGACGCCAUCCUAUCCUCAACGUGGUGCUAUUGUCUCUCCGACCAGGAGGCUAGGAUAUCGACCCAUGAGGUUACCAGAGGCCACAUUAUCGACGUCAGAUGAUCCGUUGAUAAGGCGUUCCGCUCACAAUCCUCUAGGUACCUCGAUAGGAGUGGUUGCUCCACCAGUAAACCCACCAAGUUAUGAUCCUCCUCAGCCUACAGUAGGCAUGGCAUCUGAAACCUCGUCAGCAGGUUCGGUGUCUUAUGACCACAUGGAGCCUUCUGCAGGUUACACUGUCCAGCCAGCUAUGAGCGAUGCAAACGAAUUAUCAGAUGAUUCUCCGAGAAGCGCACGCCAAUCAUCAGCCCCGCCAGCUAGUACAACAACAGAUCCAAACAGGAUGAUUGACAUCGAUAGUGACCUAUGA